AUGGCUAGGAACGCUUCUGCUUACCUCGUGGAAGAUCCCAAAUAUUCCUUUUUGAAGGAUUUGGGUUUGGAUAAGAAAAAUGUAGGAGUGUUUAACGGAAAAUGGGAAGCGAAUGGACAGGUAAUUCAAUCCUACAGUCCAGCAAAUGGUAAAGUGAUCGCAGAGGUACAGUCGGCUAGCCUAUCUGACUACGAAUCCUGCGCUAAAGCAGCCCAAGAUGCGUGGCACUCGUGGGCGGAGCUGCCGGCACCGGCGAGGGGAGAGAUUGUACGACAAAUCGGAGAUGCACUGAGGGAAAAGUUGCAGCCUCUUGGACAAUUAGUUUCAUUAGAAAUGGGCAAAAUCCUACCCGAAGCUAUAGGAGAAGUUGUGGAAUAUAUCCACGUUUGCGACUUGGCUCUUGGCUUGUCGCGCACAUUGCCAGGAACUAUCUUCCCAUCUGAGCGGCCUGGACACGUGCUCAUUGAGAAAUGGAACCCCCUGGGUCUCGUGGGCAUUAUUAGUGCUUUUAAUUUCCCCGUUGCCGUCUACGGAUGGAAUAGUGCUAUUGCUAUGGUUUGUGGAGACGUGAGUGUGUGGAAGCCAUCAGAAACGACGCCACUGACCGCGGUCGCCGUCACCAAGAUAAUCGAGAGCGUGCUCGUGAAAAACAACAUCCCUGGCGCCGUGGCGGCCCUCUGCGUGGGCGGCAAGGACGUCGGGCAAGCCAUCGUGCAAGACCACAGGGCCAAGCUAGUGUCCUUCACUGGCAGCACUGCUGUGGGACAGCAGGUGGGAGUGGAAGUGCAGAAGCGUUUCGGGCGGCACCUGCUGGAGCUGGGCGGCAACAACGCGAUCAUAGUGAACGAGGACGCCAACCUCGACCUGCUGCUGAACGCGGCGCUGUUCGCGUGCGCCGGCACCGCGGGCCAGCGCUGCACCACUACACGCCGACUGCUCAUACAUAAGAAGGUGUACAAUGAAGUGGUAUCAAGAUUAACGAAGGCAUUCGCGGGCGUGGUCAGUAAGAUCGGCGACCCGCUGCUGUCCGACACGCUCAUCGGUCCUCUGCACACGCCGGCCGCUCUCGAGGCGUACAAGAAGACAGUUGCGGAGGUUGUGAAACAAGGCGGCAAAAUUGAAUUUGGAGGAAAGGUAAUCGAACGCGAAGGUAACUUCGUGGAGCCCACAAUCGUGACGGGGCUGCCGCACGACUCGCCGCUGGUGCAGACGGAGUGCUUCGCGCCCAUCGUGUACUGCGUGGAGAUCCCCGACCUGGCCACCGGCAUCCGGUACAACAACGAGGUGGAACAGGGACUCUCCUCCAGUCUCUUUACUGAGAACUUGGGUGAUGUGUUCAAGUGGAUCGGUCCGCACGGCUCGGACUGCGGCAUCGUGAACGUGAACAUCCCGACCAACGGCGCGGAGGUGGGCGGCGCCUUCGGCGGCGAGAAGGCCACGGGCGGCGGCCGCGAGUGCGGCUCCGACAGCUGGAAGAACUACAUGCGCCGCUCCACCGUCACCAUCAACUACUCGGGCGCCAUCAAACUCGCACAGAACAUCAAAUUUGGAGAUGAC